AUGACUGCUAGCAGUCCUGAGGAGGAGGAGGUAGAGGAGGAGGCAAGGACAGUUCAAGUGCAAGCUGGGACUCUCUAUGUAGUGGCGACACCCAUCGGCAAUCUCAACGACAUGACCGUACGUGCCGUGAACGUUCUGAAGCAAGUAGAUGUGAUCGCGAGCGAGGACACGAGGCACCUUCUUAGCAGGAGGACGGGACGGAUGUUGAAGCACUUCGACAUAAAGACGCCUCAGAUCAGUCACCAUGAGCACAACAGGCAGGGAUCGGUUUCUGAGAUCGUCAACAUGGCAAGGGCAGGUCGCAGCAUUGCCAUCGUCAGCGAUGCCGGCACUCCUGCUAUCUCGGACCCAGGGACUGAAGUUGUCCGAGCAUGUCUGCAGGAAGGGAUCAGAGUUGAGCCCAUCCCUGGUGCAUGUGCAGCGGUGGCUGCGGUCAGCAUCUCGGGCAUGGCCAAGGAAGGGUUCUGCUUCGGAGGCUUCAUACCAGCCAAAGGCUCCAUGCGCCAGCAGUUUGUUGAAAGAGUCGUUUCCUCACCCUCCCCGAUGGUCUUGUAUGAAGCACCUCAUCGGCUGCUGGCGACCCUAGAAGACCUAUGUGCUCACUGUCCUGAUAGAGAUGUCAUAGUUGCAAGGGAGCUCACAAAGAUCCAUGAGGAAGUGUUUGCAGGCAAACUUCGGGAAGCUCUCAGCCACUUUCAGAAACGAUCGCCCAGAGGAGAGUUCACGCUGGUCAUCGAAGGAAACGCUUCACCAGCGUCAUCGCGAGAAGACGAUUCUCUCGCUGCCCGAGUGCUCCGCUCGUUCAUCUCCCACGGGAUCCCUGUGUCGUCAGCUGUGAAAGCUGUCGCAGAGCUCUUCGAUGUGAAGAAGAAUCGAUUGAAGCAGUUUGCCUUGGACUUCAAGCAAGAACAGGAGGAGGAGGAGGAGGAGGAUGAGGAGGAUCGGGAUCAGCAGAGAUCAGCACUAGGCAAGUGA